GAUAUAAUAGUGGGAUGGUCUGGUUUAGGUUUGCGUAAAGAAAGCAAGAGCUGCGGAACCAGGAUAAGGAUCCCCGUUUUUGACCAUCACUCACGCGCCCACUGUAAAUGUACGGCAGUAAAAAAUACCCCACGCGUCGCAAAACCAUUUUCUGUUUGGUCAAAAAACAAUCUAUUACUCGCUGCGCCCAUCUCGACCUGCAUCUGAGAUUACCUCCAUCGGCCGACCUUGAUCUCCAUCUCUUCUCUGCUCUUUAGCUGGCCAUCACUCUUCAUAAUUAUUCAAUUCAGGGUAGUCACAUUUGAUUUCCUACUUUGGGUUAAAAGUCGGAGCUUCGGCAAAAGAGACGGAACUAAUGGUUCUGCCUGCCUUGACUGUGAAAUCUGUAUGAGUUGGGGAAGAACUUGCUGGUGCAUCUCACACUGCUGAAAGCUUUUUCUUUCUACUUUACUACACAACAAAAGUCGACUUCUUUGAAUAAACUGCACUUGCAUGGCUAGCUGGUCGUCCAUACAUCAAUGGGAAGCUAAAUUUCAGACCACAGCAAAGGUUUUUGAACUCAACAAACAAAAAGGUUUCCUAAAAAUUAAACAAAUGGAGGCAGGAGGAAGAAACACCAUAAUGAGAGUCCAAAGCCUAGUACAAGCAGGCCUAGCAGAGAUCCCUUCCCAAUAUAUCCAGCCUCAUGAGAACCGGCCCAUCGUUAAGAAAGAAAAUGGUGUUGGUGUUAUGGAUAUUCCAGUGAUUGACCUGUUUGGGUUCGAUUUGAAUCACAGAGAUUUAGUUAGAAAGGCAAUUGGUGAGGCUUGCAGGGAAUGGGGGGCAUUCCAUGUGACCAACCAUGGGGUUCCUAUCGAAUUAAUGAACCAGAUAAGAAGUGUUGGCUUAUCCUUUUUCAAUGAUUGCCCCUUCAAAGACAAGCUCAAGUAUGCAUGUGAUCCCACUUCUGCAGCGUCCGAAGGAUACGGGAGCAAGAUGCUUGUUGACAAUUGCAGUGUCUUGGAUUGGAGGGACUACUUCGACCAUCACACUCUACCUCUUUCCCGACGUAAUCCAUCUCGUUGGCCUAACUUCCUUCCCAAUUACAGGGAAGUUGUGGGGAAGUAUAGUGAUGAAAUGAAGGUGCUAGCUCAGAAGUUGUUGGGCCUCAUCUCAGAAAGUGUGGGACUACCAUCAUCUUGCAUUGAGGAUUCGGUUGGUGAAUUCUAUCAGAAUAUUACCAUCAGCUAUUACCCCCCUUGUCCUCAACCUGACCUUACACUAGGACUUCAGUCUCAUUCUGAUAUGGGUGCCAUCACUCUUUUGAUUCAAGAUCAAGUUGAGGGUCUUCAGGUUUUGAAGGAAUCUCAGUGGUUCACCGUGCAGCCUUUAUGUGAUGCCAUUGUUGUCAUUCUUUCUGAUCAAACUGAGAUUAUAACUAACGGGAAGUACAAGAGUGCUCAACAUCGAGCCAUAACUAAUUCAAGUCGGCCAAGACUCUCCAUUGCGACUUUUCACGACCCAGCGAAGACUAGGAAAAUAUCCCCUGCUUUUCAGCUUGUUAACGAGUCUUCCCCUCUCUACCGUGAGGUUAAUUAUGAAGACUACGUGUCAUCAUGGUACACUAAAGGCCCAGAAGGAAAACGAAACAUUGAUGUACUUCGAAUUAAUUGUUAGAUUAUUGGCCUUACAUUUAAUAGGGCACAUUAAGAAUUAUCAUGAAAGUUUUCAUAAUCCUAUUUGUAUUAAUGUAAACUUAUUUCAUUUUAUUUUUUAAUGGUUAGUCCAGUUCUCAUGA